UUCUUUAAGCACAAAUAAGCAAAACCCUUAUAUAGCUACCCAUUUUUUCCUUCUCUCCUUAAUUAUUUUUCUUUAAAACCCCUAAGAUGAAAGGUGGAGGUACCAUGUUAGUAGAAUCAAAACCCAUGCAUAGACCCAAACUAGGAACCUUCUUCCACUCCGAUCCACCGUCAUCGCCACACAACAACCAACAUCAACCAUCACCACCAUCACCGUCACCGCAACGACGUCCAAGUAACGCCGCGACUGCAAGUCCACGUUAUUUAAACAAUGCUUCACCGUACAUGAUGUCACCAUUUAACAACCAAACAACCUCUUCUCCAUUCACCAAGUCUCCAUGGCUCCACAAUGAUAUUGAUAACAACAACUUGUUGUUAGAAAACGAAAACGGCGUCGUGGGGACCCUCGUGCGGAAAGAGGGACACGUGUACUCAUUGGCAGUUUCAGGAGACUUGUUAUACACAGGUUCAGAUAGCAAGAACAUAAGGGUAUGGAAGAAUUUAAAAGACUACGAUGCUUUCAAAUCAAGCAGCGGUUUAGUCAAAGCCAUAGUCAUUUCAAACGAGAAAAUCUUCACCGGUCAUCAAGACGGAAAGAUCAGAAUCUGGAAAAAGAAGAGUAACAAGAAGAAGAAGAAGAAAAGCACAAUAAUAACUAAACACCGUCGUUUAGGGACGUUGCCAACUUUCAGAGACUACGUUAAGAGCUCAAUGAAUCCCAACGACCGCGUCAAAGUUCGGCGACACAAAAACGCGGUUAAGGUGAAGCACUACGACGCCGUUUCGUGCUUGAGCAUCGACGAGGAUCAUGGCUUGUUGUAUUCUGGUUCGUGGGAUAAAACGGUCAAGGUUUGGAGCGUAACGGAUGAUUUUAAAUGCUUGGAAUCGAUAAACGCUCACUUCGACGCCGUGAACGCCGUGGCGGCGGCUGCGGGGUGGUGUGUGUUCACCGGCUCCGCCGACGGCACGGUGAAGAUGUGGAGGAGAGAGUGGGAGGAGGGGAAAGGGAGGAAGAGGAGAACGAAGCACGUGGCGGAACGGGUUCUGUUGGAGCAGGAGAGCGCGGUGACGGCUCUGGCGGUGAACCGUUUCUCCACGGUGGUUUACGGCGGGUUAUCUGAUGGUGCGGUGCAUUUUUGGGAGCGUGGAGAGAAGAAUAUUGGUGUUUGUUACGGUGGGGUUCUGAGAGGACACAAGCUUGCGGUUCUUUGUGUUGUUGUUGCUGGGAACCUUGUGCUUAGUGGUUCGGCUGAUAAGAGUGUUUGCGUGUGGAAGAGAGAGGAGAGUGGUGCACACGCGUGGCUUUCGGUUCUGACGGGUCACACUGGACCAGUUAAGUGCAUCGCAGCCAUUGAAGAAGAAGAAGAGGGUAAUCGAUGUUGUUGUAUGGUGUACACAGGGAGCUUGGACAAGUCCGUCAAAGUGUGGCGCGUGUUUGACGACGCGCCAGAGUUGAGGAUGUUCACCUUAAGGUGAAUGAAUAUAUAUAGAUCCUUAAACAUUUUCAUGUUAAAUUGUCAUAUGAGAGUUUGAUGUUUAUCACUAAUUGUUAACAUAAGGUAAUUAAUGUUUAUAAUUUUAACUGUAAAUGCUGAAUAAUGAAAGCUUUAUAGAGAUAUACCCGAAAUGAGGUUUAAUGUUUU